UACAGAAACCAAAUGAAAAAGUAUGCAUGUUUAAGAGCAAAUAGUCAAAGUAUAACAAACAGAUGGCAUAUCUCUGUUCUACGACACUGCAUAACGUUGGACAGUUUCAUACUGAAGUUGGAAAAUUAUAUAUAUAAAUUUACAAAGAAAGCAAAAGUGCAAGAAUUUGAUACCAAAGUCAGCUUUCAGAGGGGACACAAACCAAAGGAAAAUGGAAUACAUUCGGCUGUCCUUUUGCACAUUUAUUUGCGUUCAUCUUAGUAUAAUCUUGAAUAUAACUUCAACGACUGUAGAUUGCGGCGUAAAUUAUUCAACUACCCGUAAACUUACAACUACUGCAGCCACAUCAACAACACCACCAACAGUCUCCAGUAUGCGUGCAACUACUGAAGCCACACCAACACCACCACCACCACCACCAACAGUCUCCAGUAAGCUUACAAAUAGUGAAGCCACACAAUCACCAACAGUUGGAGACACCACACUAUUACUUGACACUGAUGGUAACGGAGGCAAAGGAUCUGGUGGUGCUAAAGCUAUCAUUAUUGCUCUUUCAGUUGUAAUUUCUUGCAGCAUUAUAGCAAUUUUGUUUGUGUUUGUAUGUUAUAAAUUAACGCAAAAAGUGGCUCUGCCGGGGGAGGCGCUAGCGGAAGAUCCAGAGGAGCAAAGGACCCGCCGUCGGGGAUCUCUGGACCUCCCGCUUGGACCCACCUUUCGGGGAAUUCCCAUCCAGUUUGUCGUGGAAAGAUCAAACCUCGGGCGCCGAAAUUAUCCUUUUUAAAAAAAGAAUCACAUAAUUAAUACAACAUUUCAUUAUCUUGUAAUAAGAAAAAAAAUUCCCGACAGAUCUAAUUUUCACAGACCCCCUUGUCAGGGAGCUUGGACCCCGCGUAGUGGAAUUCCUGGCGCCGCCCCUGGGCCCUGUCAAAUCAGGGGCUUAAAUAGAAGCUUAUAUACUAUGUGCAAAAAACAUUUAACCCCAGAAUGUGUUAGAUAUUUUAAAUAUUUAGUUGUGGUAGUAGUAAUAAUUAUAGUUGUUUGCAGUAUUACAUUUAUUUAAGGUGAGAAUUUUGUAUACCUUGUUUCGUGAACUUAUAUUUUUAAUGAUUGUCAGAGGAGAGCGGAAAAAAAUAACAUUUUGUUUUCUUAUUUAGCAAAUAGUUUUGCCAAAACAUUCAGACGGAGGACAACAUA